AAAAGGUGAAAGUUGUCCGAAGGAAACUCUCUCUCUCUCUCUCGAGCUUCACAUUCUAUAUCUACAGUAUCGGUCACAUCUAGAGAGAGAGAAAGAAAAAAGUAAAGCUCUUCUUCAUUUUGGGAGAGCUAAACACCAUUGUCGUUUCUUGGCAUGGAUUUGAGAUUCUUGUGUUGAAUCAUAGUAAUCUCAGGGAUAUAGUCCAUUGAAUGGCUCACAUAUUGGUUUAGGAAAGAGACUUUUCACUUGUGUGAAAAUGAAGGUUGAUACUGUUCUUGACUAUGCUCUAUUUGAGCUUUCGCAUAAACAUUCGCGUUGUGAGCUAUUUGUUUCGAGUAAUGGAGAAACAGAGAAACUGGCUUCAGGAUUGAUCGAACCAUUUGUGAAUCAUCUAAGUGUUCUUGAAGCAAAAUCCUCUUUUAGAGCGCUAGUAGAAGAAAGCGAAAAUGACAAAUCCUGGUUCACAAGAAGAACACUCGAGAGAUUUGUUCAGUUUGUUAGUAGUCCAGAAGUUUUGGAAAGAGUCAAUACAUUUGAUUUGGAGAUGUCACAGUUGGAAGCAGCUCGUACAUUAUAUUCUCAGGAUGAUGGAGGUGUAACAGAUGCAACAAAAAAGGAGCUCUUAAGAGCAAUAGAUUUAAGACUUGAGGCAAUUAAGAAGGACUUAUCCGCAGCGAUUGCUCAUGCGUCAGCUAAUGGUUUUGACCCUCACUCUGUUUCUGAUCUCCAACAGUUUGCUGAUAGAUUCGGCGCACAUCUUUUAAACGAAGCAUGCGGAAAAUAUAUUUCACUAUGGCAAAGAAGACCAGACCUGAUCACGAAGAACUUGAAUACCAAUACACAAACAUCAGUCAAUGAAACAAACAUCAGUCAAGAUCAAAGUACUAAGAAUGAUGAAGAGGAGAAAAAAGAUGAAUCUUCUACGGUUAAGACCAGUCAACAUACAAGGAGACUCAGCGUUCAAGAUCGUAUCAAUCUCUUUGAGAGCAAACAGAAGGAAAAUUCGAACUCUGUAGGAAAUAAACCGGUAGUUGUGGCUAAAUCCACAGAAUUAAAGAGACUUUCUUCUGAUGUAUCAUCAGCUGCUCCUGCAUUCCCUGAGAAGUCUGUUUUGAGAAGAUGGAGCAUUGUUAGUGACAUGAGCUUUGAUUUGACAUUGGAUAACAAGAAGUCUGAUAAUAGUAGCACCGAAGAAGAAGGUCCCUCGAGUGCACCAUCAGCUGUUAAUCCUGAUGCCACAGUGCCAAGAGAGUCUGAAGAAAACAGUAAAAAGGGUGAUGAUGAUGAUGUUUGUUCUACUAAAUGUGAUGAUUCUCAAAACCAGACUGAUGGUGAUAUCAGGCAGAGAGAAGAGGAGAGUUAUGCAUCCAAGUCCCACAAUGUGGCACAAUCAUCGGUCAUGUUUCCUUAUCGACAUUCACGAUCUCGAUCAGCACAUAUAGCAAAUGGUGUUGAUAUCAAAAGUGAUGACCUUCAUUCAAAAGGCCGGAGAGAGUUGUUUCCGUUAGACAAGGAACCAGCCUUAACACCCUCUACAAAACCAGCUUCUGCAGGGUCUGAACAAAGAAAAAAAUCAGUUGACGUAGAGGAUGAUCUUGAAGAUAGUCUUGUGAAUGCAGAUUCAUCUGGGAAAAUCAACAAUAAUAGAGCUCCUGUAACAUCUGUGGAACAAAUGCAGAGGACGAGAAUGUCUAGGGAGAGCGCUCAAGGGGUUAAUGAUGAGUUGAAAAAGAAGGCAAAUGAGCUUGAGAAAAUAUUUGCAGAGCAUAAACUACGGGUGCUUCCAGAGGAUCAAUCAGCUGGUGAUGAUAAAGACAACAAAAAUGUUGUAAUGCGACGGAACUUAUCUGAUUUAAGUUAUUCAGAUGAUUCUAAAGGAAAGUUGUAUGAGACUUAUAUGAAGAAAAGGGAUGCAAAACUGAGAGAAGAAUGGAGUUCGAAAGAAACUAAAUUGAAGUCGAUGCAAGAAGCUCUUGAGAGAAGUAGGAACGAGAUGAAGGCAAAGUUUUCUGCUGCUUCCGAGAAGAGGCAGGAUUCGAUUUCAAGUACCCGCCAACGUGCAGAGAAAUUCAGAUCCUUUAACUCUCGGUCAAGUAUCAAGAAGUAUCAGCAUCCUAUAAGCUCAUUACAGAGCGAAGAAGAAGACGUGAAAGAUAAGCCAGCCAAUGGACAAUCCAUUGGAAAGAGUGCUUCUAGGAGCUCCCAAGUUAGAAAGGCUCCAUCACCAAACCGGAGCUCCCGAGUCUCAAAACCAUCAGGUAAAGUCUCAAACACUAACAUUACUUCCGGGAGAGGGCGAAGAACAACAGAGAUAAAUACGGUUGCACAGUCUUCUAUUCCCAAUUUCUCUGAUCUUAAGAAAGAAAACACAAAACCAUCUUCAUUAGCUGUCAGAAAUCCUCCUAUGAUGCGAACACAGGUGAGAAGUAGUAAUAAGAAGACUACAAAGGAUGAUAUACCGUCUCCUGUUAAGCCCCGAAGACCAAGAUCAUUAAGGAAAAGCUUCUCUGCGAACAUAGAAUUCACAGAGUUGACAACUCUCUACUCUGAUGAUAUGAUGAACAAAGAGAGGAAUCAGAAGCAAGGCACUGACAUUGAUGAUGUACCAGAGAAUUUGAGGAAUGAUAAAGAGUUCGAUGAAAUUGAGACUGAGGCAGAAGAAGAAGAAGAAGAAGUCAAAGAAGUUGUGGAGAACCCUCUCAAAGAAGAAGAGGAAGAUAGAGAAAUGGAAACUCUAGUAGUUGAGGAUAUUGUUGAUGAAAAGCCUUCACAUAGUGACAAAGUUGAGAACUCCUCAGAGGAUGAAAAUGUCACUUGUUUGAGAUCAAUUUCUCAGGUAGACUUACCAGUGAAUACCCUAGCUUCUUCAACAUUUCAGCAUAAUGUUUCCUCGUUGAUGGAUUCACCUAGUGAGAGUCCUCUCUCGUGGAACUCAAACUUGCAACACGCAUUCUCUUAUCCCCACGAGCAUUCUGAUGCUGAUGCUUCAAUGGAUUACUCUCCAAUGGGAAGUCCUGCUUCUUGGAGUUCAAGAAUGAGAAAGAAAUGGGGAACAACAGCUCAGAGUCCUGUUAUUGUUUCUAAUUCUUCUCCACUCCAUUCUCGCAAGGAUUUAGCUAAAGGGAUCAAACGUUUGCUAAAGUUUGGAAAGAAAACUCGUGCUGCGGAUAAUCUGAUGGAUUGGGUUUCCGUGACGACAUCUGAAGGUGACGAUGAUUUUGCUUAUCGAUCAUCUGAUGAAUUAAGGAAAUCAAGAAUGGCAUCUUCUCAUAGUCAGCUUUCUGAGGAUGAACAAGCUUCAAACAACUCCAUACAUCAAGCGAGCUUUAAAGUGAAAGAUGGUGACUUUAAGAGAUCAUUCUUCUCACUUUCUACAUUCCGUAGCAAAGGAAACGACUCGAAGCUAAGAUAGCAGAAAGAAAAAAAGAACCAAAACCAGACUCUGUGUUUUCCUUUACUUACAAGUACAAAGUUUGUAGUGUUGAAGGAGAAUUUCUUGAUUCGAAUUAAGUACAUUAUUGUUGAUUUCUUUAAUAUUUAAAUGAGAUGAACAUAAUUUUGAUCA